AUGUCCUUUGCCUUCAUCGCCACAGUGGCACUGAUGUGCUCCUCUGUGGUAGUUGCAUUUGUCCUGCAGCCUUCCGAGCAAGAAACUGCAGUUCCACAAGACUCCAUCAGCAGGUGCCAUGAAGACUCCCUGCAGUCCCUCCGCAAGGGGCUCCUUGCUGCCCUCAAUCUGCAGGCAGAGCCACGUUUGCCAGAGGGAACCAAAAAGCAGUGGAGUGGAACUGCGGCGCGGCUCCAGGCCGUGGCAGUUUCAUCUGGCUACUCCACCGAUGAUGGGCAUGACACCCAAGGAUGCUGCAACGAGACCUCAGAGGUUUCCAUGACAGAUCUGGGCUGGGACAGCUGGAUGAUCUACCCGGAGCGCCUCACCUUGGUGCACUGUGCCCCCUGCGGCCACCAUACAUCCUGCAGAACCCAGCAGCCCAACGCCCCAAAGCACGAUGACUCCCAGGUCCAGACACCAUGUUGCCAGUCCACUGCCCAUGAAGUGGUGCCCGUCAUGUACAUUGACGAAUCCAACACCGUGGUCAUCACCUCCUUGCAGCUGACCCGCCGCUGCAGCUGCCCAGCUGCCCCACAGCCUCGCUAG